CAUCCAUGUUUUGACAUUGGGAUAGCUGAGCUGGGGUGAUUCAACAAUGAGGUGCAGGACGCCUGAACCACUAGGCUGACUCUCCUCCACGUCUGCUAUUUUUUUAGUAAGAGACAUUUUAUCGGCCCACGAGCUUUCUGAGUCCGCGAUGAACGCGGCUGAGCAGACUGUAACGUGGCUCAUCACGCUCGGGGUGCUGGAGUCUCCCAAAAAGAGCAUCUCGGAUCCGGAGGCUUUCCUCCGGACGUCUCUGCAGGACGGGGUGGUAUUGUGCAGGCUGCUGGAGCGACUGAGACCGGGAACGACAGAAAAAUUUUUUCAGGAACCGAGGAGUGACAGCGAGUUUCAACUGAACAUAAGCGAGUUCAUCAAAGGCGCCGGGACUUUUGGCGUGGAGCCUUUUGAGGUCAAUGACCUCCUUCAGGGGCUGAACUUCAACAAGGUCCUAAACACCUUGGUUGCACUGAACAAAGCCACUGAAGUGUGUGCAGAUUCCGGCGUUUCUGUGUCUGUGCCGCACUCCGCCACAUUGAGGAUUAAAUCAUUUGAUUCUCUGAACAGCCAAAGUCGUUCCUCCAAACUGCAGCCACCUCAGUAUCACAGCCUUGACAUGUCUGAAGGUGGUGGGUGUGGCCAAUUUCUUUUCAAGGCACGCUUCCCUUUCCAGCAGACAAAUGAGGACGAACUGUCUUUCUCCAAGGGCGACAUCAUUAAUGUGAGCAGGCAGGAGGAGGGGGGCUGGUGGGAAGGUUCACUCAACGGCAAGACCGGCUGGUUUCCCAGUAACUAUGUGCGAGAACUGAAAGGAAGCGACAAGCAAUUAGAUAAACCAAAGUCUGGGACGCUGAGAAGUCCUCCAAAAGGUUUUGACACUUCUAUCAUCAACAAGACAUACUACAAUGUGGUCCUCCAGAACAUCUUGGAAGCAGAGACUGAGUAUUCGAGAGAACUGCAAAGUCUUCUGGGGUCCUACCUGCGUACCCUGCAACCAACAGAUAGGCUAAGUGGUGCUGACAUCAGCCACAUUCAGGGAAAUCUUGAGGAGAUCUCCACAUUCCAGCAGAUGCUGGUUCAGUCCUUGGAAGAGCAUACAAAGCUUCCAGAAUGUCAGCAGAGGAUAGGAGGCUUCUUCCUUGGUCUAAUGCCCCAGAUGAAGUAUCUUUAUGUGGCUUACUGUUCAAACCAUCCAUCUGCUGUCAGUGUUCUCACCCAGCAAAGCGAGGAGCUGGGGGAGUACAUGGAGUCAAAGGGGGCAUCUAGUCCGGGGAUUCUGACGCUGACAACCAGUUUGAGUAAACCCUUCACUCGACUGGAGAGAUAUCCAACUUUGUUAAAGGAAAUGGACAGACACAUGGAGGAGCAACACCCAGACAGAGUGGACCUCCAAGCUUGCAUGGCAUCAUUUCAAAGCCUUGCAGCCCAGUGCCAGGAAGUGAGGAAGAAGAAGGACCUGGAGUUACAGAUUUUAACUGAGCCAAUUAGGAAUUGGGAAGGGGAUGACAUCAAGACCUUCGGCCCUGUUCUUCACAUGUCCCAGGCUGCGGUCCGCUAUCAGAACUGUCAGGAGUCGAGUGAACGCUACCUUGUGCUCUUCCCUCACACUCUGCUCUUUCUCUCAGCAAGCUUGAGGAUGAGUGGAUUCAUCUACCAGGGAAAGAUGCCACUGUCAGGCAUGCUGAUCUCCAGGUUAGAAGAUGGGGAAACCAUGAGGAAUGCUUUUGAAAUUUCUGGUACCCAGUGUGACCGUAUGCAAGUAGCGUGCAACAGUCAUCAGGAUCUACUGGAUUGGCUGGACCUUCUCACCAAACACACACACACACCUGCUGCACACACAUACAAGACUCCGUCGGUGUGUCACACAUUGCCCUCUCUGCCCGUCACCCCUUCUCGACACUCAGAGUCUCGAGCCGGGAGUAGCGCCUUCCACACCCUCCCUCAUCUUUCCUCAUGUGGCGGCAGCCCAAUAUGGGCGGUUUUGGAGCCUCCGAGUAUCCCAAAACCCUGGAGUAUGAGCUGUCUUCGGCCUGCGCCCCCUCUCCGGCCAUCUGCUGCUCUUUACAACAAGGAGGAUAUGAAUAAAAGUCCAAAGAAUAUGAAGAAGCUGCUUCCCAAGAGGAAACCAGAGAGGAAAGCCUCAGAAGAAGACUUCACUGUCAGAAAGAGCACAGCGGCUCUCGAAGAGGACGCUCAGAUAUUGAAAGUGAUUGAAGCGUACUGCACCAGUGCCAGGACGCGACAGACCCUCAACUCGACCUGGCAAGGCACUGACCUCAUGCACAACCAUGUGCUCGCUGACUCCAGCCUCAUCGUUGUUGGCAUCCCAGGCAACCUGCCGCCUUCCGACCAAUCAGAAGACUCGGAUUAUGACAGUAUCUGGACUGCCACUAGUUACAGGACUGCCUCAAUUUCUCGUUCCAGCAGGAGGGAUGUCCACAUGUUAUUCCCAGAUGAGGAGAAGAUCAUAGUGGAGGAAACCAGGAGUAACGGACAAACCGUAAUGGAGGAGAGGAGUUUGGUAGACACUGUAUACAGUUUGCGGGAUGAAGUCCAGGAACUCAAACAGGACAAUAAGAGGAUGAAAAGGACACUAGAGGAAGAGCAACGAGCAAGGAAAGAGCUUGAGAGGAUCAUAAGGAGGGUUUUGAAGAACAUGAACGACCCAACCUGGGAUGAGACAAACCUCUGAGUGCAACAUCACUUUGAAUCUUGUUGAGAAAUGAAGCAGUGCUAUCUACAAGACCUUAAAAGUUGAAACACUGAACUUGUAGGCAAGAGGACAUUGUAGCCUAUUGAAAUGGCCUUUGUCAGACAAUUUUCAGAAAAUCGACAAUGGAAAUAUUCAAAGGUAAUUAAUGUGUGGUUUCUAAACCAAAGCAAUACAACUUGUCCUUUUUGUGAUGUCAAAUAUGCAAUUCACUAAAUAGCAUUUUUUGUUAAUAUUGAGUUUUUUUAUAUUCUGUAUUGUUAUGAUUUUAUUUUCUAUACUCAAUAGACAAGGAAAACGUUCCUUUCUUUCUUUUCAAAGCUUUAACACUUUUAAAUGUCUACUACAAUUUUUUUGUGUCUCACUAAUGACCUCAAAUGUAUAAGCUAUGUAAUGGAAUAUAACUGUAAAUUAUGUAUUUGAUAGCAGCUUAUUCUAAUUGUGUGUUUUAAUGAUAAUGACACCCAACAAUCACACUCCUAUUUAUUUCAUUAAUAUGUCCAAUAAAUUUCCU